AUGAAUUCGCAAAUCACACCCACAGAGAAUAAUACAGAGCUGAGACAAUUCAUCCUCCUAGGACUAACCAGCGCCCCAGACCUGCAGGUCCCCCUCUUCAUCAUGUUCACCGUCUUCUACCUCAGCACUGUGGUGGGGAACCUGGGGAUGGUGGUGCUGAUCCUGCUGGACCCCCGCCUCCACACGCCCAUGUACUUCUUCCUCAGUAACCUGGCCCUGGUGGACUUCGCUUACUCCUCAACAAUCACGCCAAAGGUCAUGGCUGGGUUUCUAACAGGAGACAAGGUCAUCUCCUACAAUGCCUGUGCUGCUCAGAUGUUCUUUUUUAUAGUCUUUGCCACUGUGGAAAGUUACCUCUUGGCCUCCAUGGCCUAUGACCGCUACGCAGCAGUGUGCAAGCCCCUGCACUACACCACCACCAUGACACCCGGGGUUUGUGCCUGUAUGACCACGGGCUGCUAUAUCCUUGGCUUCCUGAAUGCUUCUAUUAACGUUGGAGACACCUUCUGUCUCUCUUUUUGUAUGUCCAAUGUGAUCCAUCACUUUUUCUGCGAUGUUCCCGCAGUCAUGACUCUAACUUGCUCUGGAAAACAUGUCAGUGAACUGAUUCUCAUUCUGAUUUCAAGCUUUAAUGUCUUUCUGGCACUUUUUGUUAUCUUGAUUUCCUACUUGUUGAUAUUUAUUACCAUUUCCAAGAUGCACUCAAAAGGGGCAUAUCAGAAGGCUUUAUCUACUUGUGCUUCUCACCUUGUGACAGUUUCCAUAUUUUAUGGGACUGUCAUCGUUAUGUACUUACAGCCCAGCUCCAGCCAUUCCCUGGACACAGACAGAAUCGCAUCUGUGUUCUAUACUGUGGUCAUCCCCAUGCUGAACCCUCUGGUCUACAGCCUGAGGAACAAAGAGGUCAAGGGUGCCUUUAAGAAGGUUGUUGAGAAGGCAAAAUUGUCUCUGUUUUAUCGUAAUGCAUAG